AUGCCCAGGAAGCUGGGGCUGGCCCUGCUGGCUUUGGCCAGCGCCAUGGGCCUCAGCUGGGCCAGUGGCCUCACAGAGAAUGGCCUCUCCUUGCUGAGCUACCAGCUGUGCAGCUACCAGGAGACCCGGAUGGUGCAGCGGGUGGAGGCGGUGCAGACGUCCCACGUGACCCACGUGGCCUGCGGCGGCUGGAUCCCGUGGCGGCGGUGCCCCAAGACCGUCUACAGGACCCAGCACCUGACCGUGACGGUGCCCGAACCCAGGAACGUCACCGCCUGCUGCAAGGGCUACGAGCAGCUGGGCGUCUACUGCGUCCUGCCUCUGAAUCGGUCCACAGAGUUCGCAUCACGACCUGGGAUCUGCCCGACCGCAGUGCCGGAAGCCCCCGUCUCCCCAUGUAGCUUGGAUGCUGACUGCCCUGGAAUUCAAAAGUGCUGUCCCUGGAGAGGGGACCACCACUGCGUGGACCCUGCACCCCAAGACGCAGGUGAGAGCCCGUGGAGCUGGUACAAUGUGACCAUGCGGGUGAAGACGGACUUCGAGGACCUGCAGCAAGUGGACCCCAAGCUCCGGAACCACUCGCACCUCCUCUGCUCCCUGGUGGCCAGUGCCUUGCAGCCGCUGGACUCUGCCGUUCACUACCUGGGCUCUGCCAGCGGGGACACCUCCACCACGGUGUCAGGGCUGCUGCUGGGCCUGGCCCGGCCGCUGUCUGUUGCCAACGUCUCCGCCAUGCUGGACGACAUCAUGAGGCGUGUGUGUGAAGUGAUGGGCAUCUGGGUGCAAGAUGUGGACGAGUGUGUCUACGCCGGGCUGCAGCCCUGCUCCCGGGGGCAGCGAUGUGUGAACCUGGAAGGCUCCUACCAGUGUCUCAGAGGCACCCAGGCACCUGCCCCAUCGGCCCCUCUGCUGGGCCAUGCUGGCGAAGACUGUCCCCCGAUCCGGGACCACGUGGCCCUCAACGUCACCAGCAGCAGCUUCUGGGUGUCCUGGAGCGCGAGUCCCUCUCCCAGGCGGGACUUUCACGUGCAGGUGUCCCGGGGUGAGCAGCUUCUCCGCAGCGCCUGGACCAGCGUCCCGGCCCUGUGGGUGACCGGGCUGGAGGCCGGGCAGCUGUACACCGUGAGGACCAGCUACCAGGGCUGCGGGGCCAACAUCUCCACCACGCUGAGUGUCAAGACUGACGCCCGGGUGUUUGAAGUUGUCAUCAGGAUCACAGACCGAAACCUGACAGAGCAGCUGCUGGACGGCAGCAGCGAGGAGCACAGGGACUUCUCCUGGCAGCUGCUGCGCGAGGUUGAGAACUCCUUCCCGCCGGCCCUCUCAGACCUGCACAGCAGGGGGAAGCUGAGGCUGGAGAUUGCCUCGCUCCGGGCGGGGAGCCUGGUGGUGUCACUCCGAGUCAUCGUGCAAGACCCCGAGUCCCCAGUGGGCGUCUCCACGCUGGCCCCCAUGCUGCAGCUCCUGUGUGCAAGCGCCGUGUUCCAGAUUGAUCCUCAGGGGACGCGAGUGCAAGACUGGGACGAGUGUGCCCACAGCUCUGAGCACGACUGCUCGCCGGCCGCCCGCUGCAUCAACCUCGAGGGCUCCUACACCUGCCAGUGCCGUGAGGCCAGGGGUGCCAGCCCCGGCCAGGCUGGCUGGGCCUGUGAAGGUGACGCGGUGAGCCCCACCGGAAGUGCUCUGUCUGCAGCCAUGGGGGUCACAGCCCCAGCCAUCGGCACAGGAACCACAACCCUCGUCCCAGAGCCCCCCACGUUGUCACUUAGCCGCAGGAACCCAGGGGGCUCCCCAACACCAGCCCAGGCCUGGACCUCAGGGCCUCUGCCCAAGAGAGGGGCUGGUGGCAUAGUCGGAGAGGAGAGAAAUAGCACAGGGCCUGGCAGUGAGGAGGAGGGGCCCAGUGUAGUCCCGGACCCAGGGCCGGGCCAUGGGGUCACCAGUUGGGGGUUCAGCAGAGCCAUCUCCCCCAGGGCUCCCGGGCCAAGCCCUGGCUCCCCCUCCCCUCGGGGCACCACAGGUGGUCCAGUGAAGGCCCCGGGACAGCCAUGGGGAAACGCCACCACAGAGCUGCCUACCUCGCCGGCCUCUGCCUCGGGCCCCCCAGGUCAUGUGGAGUGGCACACCAGCCGCCCCACACGGGGGACACCACUGGAUUCCGUGGGACUGCGGCAGGAAGACCCUGGGCCUUCCCCCUUCCGGGUCUCGCCAUCGGUCCUCACCCCUGAGUCUCCAAAGACCCCCGCCUGUGUUCCUGUCCCCAUCAGAAAGGCCACGAUCUCCAACGUGACUGGCACCAGCUUCCAUCUGGCGUGGGCUGCAGACAUCACCCCGGGCCUCACGUUCCAUCUCACCGCCCUCUCCCCACGGAGCACCGCCGUGGGUCUGGACACCCGGGAGCCUAGCGCUACACUGUCGGGGCUGGAACCCGGCGUCCUGUACCUGGUGGAGAUCGCAGCCAAAGCGUGCGGGAAAGAGGGCGCCAGGAUGCAGCUGAAAGUGAGGACAGCGGCCCAGAAGCUCAGGGGCAGAGUCAGGAUAGCGAACAUCAGGUACUCAGAGUCCUUGGGCGACGCCAGCAGCGAGCAGUCCCGCCACUUCCUGGGCCUGUUCUCCAGCAGGGUGCGGGACUCCUUGCCGGCCACGCUGCGCCAGCAUGUGGACUCCGGUGGGAUCAGAGUGAGCGUCACCCGCGUCACCAACGGCAGCGUCGUGGUGGAGUUUGAUCUGCUGAUGACGGUGGCCCUGGAUGUCCAGGAGGUGUCAGCGGCCUUCCUCGAUUCUCUGGGGAACAUGUCCGGGCUGGAGGCGGUCAGGAGCAACACCGUCAUUUGGGAUUACGAUGAGUGUGGGAGAAAGGAGGAUGACUGUGUGCCGGGGACCUCCUGCCAGAACACCCUGGGGUCAUUCACCUGCAGCUGUGAGCGUGGAGCCCCCGACUCCCAUGUGGAAUAUUCUGGAAGAGCCUGUGUGGGCGGCUCUGCGGACAGCCCCACUGCGACCCCUGGCCCAGAGUGGCCCCCGGCCGGGGCUCGAACCCCGGCUGCCCUCCCGCCGAGCACCAGCCCCGUGCCCCUGGGCCCCCCAGCACGGCUGAACCUGACAGGCGCGGCCAGGGUGCUGUGCGAGAUCGAGCGGGUGGCCAUCGCCAUCCAGAAGCGUUUCCUGCUGCAGGAGGCCAUCCCCGAGGCCUCGCUGUACCUGGGCCAGCCACCCUGCAACGUGAGCUUCAGCAACGCCUCCCACGUGCUCCUGACGGCCGGCUGGGCAGAGUGCGGGACCCUGGUGCAGAGCAACAAGACCAGCACGGUGGUGAAGACGGUCCUGAGGAACAACCGGCCCCUGGACGGCGUCAUCCACCACCCCACGGUCCUGAGCCCUAUCCGCUGCGUCUUCCAGAACGACCUCCUGACGUCCCUGGGCUACACUCCGAAGUGGGGGGAGCACGCCUUCGUAGACGACCUGCACGGCGCGGGCAUGUUCGUCACGGAAAUGCAGCUGUUCGUGGGCGACUCCCCCAUCCCCCAGAACCACAGCGUGUCAGCCAGCGAGGACGUCAAGAUCCAGGUGGGGCUGGACGGGCAGAAGAGCGGCCUCAAGGUGGUGCUGAUGGAGUGCUGGGCCACGCCCUCCCGUGACGCCUGGGACCCGGUCGCCUUCGGCUUCAUCAACAACAGCUGCCCCAUCCCCAACACCCACACCAGCGUGAUCCAGAACGGCGACUCCAGCAAGGCCCAGUUUAAGCUGAGAAUCUUCUCCUUCGUCAACAACUCCCUCGUCUACCUGCACUGCAAGCUGCGAGUCUGCAUGGAGUCCCCCGGCAACACGUGCAAGAUUAACUGCAACGAUUUCCGGUUUCUGAGGAGCGGCGAAGGCUCCACGGUGCUGCAGGCCACCUGGGGGCCCCUCUUUCGCUUGGACGACGGUGCGUGUCCGCGUGCAAAGCCACAACUCGGGGCUGGCUACGUGGCCCUCAUCACGGUCUCAGCCUUGGCCGUGGUGGCGGGGGCUGUGACCCUCCUGAUCCUGCGCAACCAGAGGACCACCGGGAACUACAACUUCAGCAUUCAGCCCGGCAGCCUUGGCUACCAGGUGUUCUCGGGGUAACCGUGACUCAAACUUGGAUCCCAGCGCAUGAAGCAUUAACCAAGUCGCGUCAGUGCUGCUCUCUGUGGCAGCACUCGUGUGAGCCCCAGAGUGGUAGAGUGGUGGGCUGGCCUCCGUCUGUCCCCCAGUGGUUGCUACCCUGCAGGCUGCAGGUCAGCGGCACCCACUAGGCAGGGGCCAUGGCUGCUGGGAUAGAGGCAGUGCCCCGGGUGUGCUGGGUGCUCAAGCCCUGCACAGAUGCCGCUCCUGUCACCCGAGCCACCUGCACCCCUGUCACCAGACCCUUGCCCUCCAGACUGCUCCAUGAGAACCUCGGUCAUUGACAGCCAGUGCCCAACACUCAUCAGUUACAAAGUGUUUCACUUUUUAAACAGUCAGUGGUUGUGAAGCCCUUUUACAAAUAGGCCCAUCUCAUAAAGCCAUCAUUGGUAAUGUUAUUUUUAGGAGCCACAUGUGGUAAUAAUAGAAUAGAUUGACUAUGUAACCAAAAUGUCCAGAGGGAUGGUGGUCUUCAGGAAAGGUUUGAUCCAGCAGCGUCACUGUGACCAAGUCAUCGUUUUAUCCCGCAUUACCAGUUUGUUGUUUUUAUUUACACAACAGCAGCACAAAAGACAGCUUAGCAAUAUGAAAAUCUUUCUAAUAAGUAAAAAUACCACGACAUGUAGAUGUUACCCUCUUGUUUCCAGACAUGUUCACAGCCAUUUUUCCGCGGGGGCAGUUGCGAUUUAUCCAUUGCCAUGAGAAACGAGAAAGAGGGCAGACAAAUUGCACACCUGAGGUCAUAAAACAGCCAGCGAGGGAUGGGGCUAGAAUAUAACUGUUUGGUGUAGAAUUUUCUCCAUUGCACCACCCGGAAAUGCUGCUUUUUUACUUUAUUUGAAGCAAAUUAAAAUUGAUUAGAGGGCUAGUACCUACAAGUACGGUGUUGUUCCUUGAUGAACUUAGAAUCAUAACAGGAUGCUAGUUUUUAAUACACACGAUUCGUUCUGUGGAUGUAAUCAACUGUCAGACUGUUCAGGAAGAGGAGACUCUUGAUGGACCGGAUGAGGAUGUGUAACACGUGUGGAGAACUGAUUUCGAGCAAGCAAAUAAAGUGCAGGUGA